AUGUCAAAGGUGAGCAGAGAAGAGGAAGUCUUAGAUGGCGAAUUGGAGAGUGUAAUACUUGAGGAAGAAGACUAUCUUUAUGAAACAAUAGAUCCCACGGGCACAUCGCAUCUUGAUCAAAAUCAAGCUAAUGUAGACGUAUAUGGUGAUGAGACGACACUCUGUCGAGUUUACGAAACUAUCGAUGAAGGGGCUAGCAUCAAUUCCUCUGCGGAAAGUAGUGCUGGGUCGUGCGAUGUAUAUCGUCGUGGAUCUUCAUUCAGUUCUCGUGCUGCUAUUCCGCCACACGCUAAAGUAAUGAUGUUGAUGAAAUCAUCGACACCAGGAGAAAAACCGAGGCUGGUAAAAUUAGAACCUGUUGAAAAUCCCCCUAAACCUGAUUUUCGAUUCGCAUUUGAAACUUUACGGAAAUGCGUGAGGAAAAACAACCCUCCACAGACUCCUCGCACUCGUAAACGACGAAUAAUACAACCCGUAAUUAAAAAAAAUAAGGGCCUUAACACUGCAUUUGAAAACAGGCAGGAAUCUAUGAAAGUCGCGCGGAAAAAUCAAAAAUCACUCUUCACAAGUGAUGAAGAAAGUGUUGAAGGAGAACGUAGUAGUAGACCAAAACGUAUACAUAAAGCACCACAGCGGUAUGGAGACUACGUAGACGAAACUGAUCGCAAUCCUGCUCGUCUACAUUUGUCGGAAAGUCCUAGUUUUGAGCCAGAAGUUAGGGAAGCGGAAGACAAGCAGUCGCAACAAAAUCAUUUAAGUGUCUUGCAGAAAGAAAAUUUUGACGAAAAUAUGUCCGAAAGUCAGGAAACAAAUGAGGGUGCUGAUGAUGGUAAUGAAAGUGAGUUUUUCGACGAUGAUGAAUCAGAUGAUGUGCGAGGACGAGUAGAAGAAGAAAAAGGAAGGCAAUACAAAGAAUCUUUGAAAAAUGAUUCUGAAGAAAGCACUAAGAAAAAACAGAACGAGAAAUUGGGUGUACAGAAAAAAAAACUGCAGUGUGAUCGUUGCAAUCGUUAUUUUGCCAACCAUAAUAGUAUGAAUGCUCAUCGUUUUAAAGUUCAUCGAGUUGUUGUAAGAGCUUCUGUGAAAUGUCCUGGCUGUGAACAUCGCGCAACAACAAUCCAUACAUUAAAUGAACAUGUUGCUGAUCAACAUAAUGUAAAACUGCAGUACGUCAAAAGAAAUUUCAAAACAAUUGCAGAUUUCCAGAAUUAUUUGGAUGAUUUAGCUGUAACUCAAAAUAUGGGGUUUGUUUUGCAUAGGAAGUCAGAAAACAAACGGCAGUUGUAUUGCAAUCGUUCUGGAGCUAUAAGAAUAAACAAAGGUGGUUCAUUACGUAAUCGACCUCGAAAAGGUUCUGCUAAGAUUGGCGCAAUGUGUCCUGCUCAUUUGUUCUACACCGAAUGUGAAGAUGGAACUAUCGAAGUAAAUGGGCAACUGACCCAUUUCGGUCAUGCAUUGGAUCCCAGGUUUGUUUUUCCUGCGACAAGUUCAGAAAAAGUAUCAGCUCGUGUAAGACUUACUCGUCCUAAAAGAGAUUUGUCUCACAGAAGCGUUCCAUUAAAUCUUCAGGUCAGUUCGGCGGUGGACCAAAGUAAAAGUGUUGCCAGCGACGAUGGUAGUUUUGUCAAUAUCGAUAACGACAUGGCCACAGGAUUUGGUGAGAGCUCAGUUCGAUUGAGAGAAGAAAAUGAAGCGGCAUUAGAACAGCGUUAUGGUCCGGUGCAUCCAAAUUCUGAUGAAAUUGAUAUUAGAAUGAAAAACAUUGAUAGACUAUGUUCAUUUUUGUUUGACAAUGUCUCAGAGCAACUUUAUCGUUUAAAUGACGAAACAAUGGAUAUGGUUUUAAGAGCACUCCGUACCACUCAAAACUCUAUUUCGAAUUUGAAUAGUAUGAUGAUACAAAUAAAAGAGGGUGACCCUGAUGUUAUACAAAAAUUCCAACGACGUGGGCCUGGCUCACGUUAUGCACAGUGGUUACCUUCAUUUGCAAGUAUUCCUGAGAGAUUGCGCUCGGAUUCAACCAGUAGUCGGCGGCGGCAACUAUAUGACACUGAUUAUGAUGAAGAUACGGUGUAUUACAGACAUGUACCACUGCGUACAACAGAUGAAUACGGAAAUGUUUAUGUUGUGGAUGAAGGGCAAAUUGAGACUGGUGAGGUUGAUACAGGUGAAGCAUAUUACGAACAUUAUGGAUCUUAA